GGCCCGAGCUGGAUACAUUUCCCAAUCAGUUGGAGUUUGUCACAUUUCUUUCCAGGAAGAGGAGUGAGGGGCUGGAGCUAAUGGCUUCCUUACUCUGUUGUGGACCCAAGCUGGCAGCUUGUGGAAUUGUCCUCAGUAUCUGGGGAGUGAUCAUGCUGGCCCUCCUGGGGAUCUUCUUUAACAUCCACUCCGCCGUCCUAAUUGAAGAUGUGCCCUUCACCGAGGCGGACUUUAAAGAUACAAAGCCCCCUGAGAGAAUCCACCGGCUCUACGAGCAAGUCAGCUACAACUGCUUCAUAGCGGCUGGAAUCUACAUCGUCCUGGGAGGCUUCUCGUUCUGUCAGAUCCGUCUUAACAAACGCAAGGAGUACCUGGUGCGCUAGAGCCGCCCGUGUUAUUUAUUUAACCUCCUGCUGCCCUCCCCUUUUAAACAACUGCUGUCACCUUCCACUCUUAAACGUUUUUUUAUUUCCCCCUCUCCCCACCCCACCCCACACCCGGUGAAAAUUGUACUUGAAAUUUUAAACCAUGUGUCGAGACGGUGGGGGGAGACUUGGAUGUCUUCAAAUAAAUGUCACGGUGUGUUUGUUCGCGAUCUCUGGUGUGCAGAAUGGGGAUUGAAUCGGAACGUUGGGAGCCUCUUGUCAAGAGAUCCCCCCCCCGACCCCCUACCCGCCAUUUUGAUGUCUCUCGGUAGCACCCGCCAAGUCCUGUUCAUCCUAAAAUGGCGGCCGGUGGUCCUUACCCGACGGGUGGCGUUUCAAAGCCUAAAAAGCCAGCUGCUUUGGGUGGGGGGGAGGCAGGGUGGUCGGGGUGAUGUGAUGGGGUGGGGUGGGGGGUGGGUGAAAGGUGUGGAAGCAUUUGGAUGUGACGUUGAAACUCCUGAAAGGAGUAAAACCUUUCUCCUUCCCAAAUGCCUCAUUGUGACAGCAUUGGCCCAGUUUUGCUACAGGAAUUUCGCGAAGCUCUUUCACUCUAGAGUUGGGGUUGAGGGGGGGGGUGGGGAGUGGUGGUGGUGGUGGUGGGGGUGGGGGUGGGGGUAGGUGGGAGUCAGAUUCUCUUUUUUUCCCCCAAGAAAGUUGGGGAUGGGCACAACCGUCAGACGCAGAGUCACAUCUCUGCGGCCUCCUCUAAACGUUAUAGGCUCGUUGCCGUGGAAGCGGGCCUACUCGGAGUUGGACCAAAUCUGGUAGGCCCAAUCAGCUCUGAGUGGGUGCGAAGGAAUUCCCUCUUAUUUUCCACCCAUUCCCACAACCCCCCCCCCCCCCCCGGCCACCCCCUCCCUCACCUUUUGCCCUGAGGACCGAAACCAGCUUUUGUGACGGACAAGGGGUGAGGAGGGGCAGAGAAAACGGAGGCAGACUGUGGUAUGAGUUUGUACACGAGUAUGCUUGUGUGCAGCCAUGUUCUCCCCUUUCUCCCCCGCCACCCCCACCCACCAUUUUGAUUUCAGGUGAUUCCCAUUUCCUUUCCAACCCAAUCCCUUCCCGACCAAUUCUUCACAGCCUCACAAUUCCGCGUCUAUUGACGUCGGGCCCUGAGUCACGAGGCAGAAUCUGUAUCUGAGAAACUGUGUGUAGGUGUCCGUGGUCCUGUCUGGAUGUAUAAAUUGAUGAGUAGUCCUGUCUUGAUGUUAAUGGUGUGGAAAACACCGCCUGAUCCUGUACAACUGUAAAUGAUCCAUCAUAAGAAAUCCAGAGAAAUGCAAUAAAAUGAAUGAAAUUCCGA